CGCAGGACGUAAAGCUUGACAUCAUUUCUCCUCAGUCCCAUGCAACAACACGGAGGUCUGCUUGUUAGACACACACAGUAGAGCUGAGGCGGACAAAGAAGCUUUGGCAGCAGUGACAUUCUUUACCACAGACAUGAACUGUAACAUAGUUAGAGACGCCUACUGCUGUACAGAGAGGAAGUGACGCUGUCUCCUCUCAGAGUAACUUCUCACCAUAUUGAGCCUUCAGAAACAACACGUCUGUCUUCUGUUGAAGUGUGUUCCACUAAUUCUUUGACUACACAUGGCCUUUUGGUUUACAAACCAUAAAAUGGACAAAUAGAACAAGGACAUAAUGGAUGUUUCAGGAUCCUUUUUAGACACCAUUUUCCAUUUUAAAGCAAAUUGUCAAAGACCAUAAAACCACUAUCCACUUGGCCAGAACAGUCAAGCCAGAAGUCAACUACUGCUUUUGUGGUGUUUCCUUGAAAUCAUCUGCUGAGAUUUUCCUCUGGAAAAGUUUAGUCUGCUCUAACCAUGAUUUUAAGAAGAAAACUGUACUUAGGCGCUCUGCUAGGAGCUAUUUUGUUUUUAAUGAUAGCUGCUCACACCAUUCAGAAGGCCACUGUUGUGCCAGUUGCAAUAUUACCCACUCAAAGCACUGUCAGGAUACAGACAAAGAACCAGAUACCGUCACAUCCUGUUACAAAGCCAAGGCGAGGUCUUUCCUGUAGCUGUCCAUCUUGUGUAGCAGACACAAGUGUGUCAGAGUGGUUUGACCAACGCUACAAUCACAACCAGCGACCUUACCUCACCGGCAUGGAAAAUGACAUAGAUACACUCUCUCUAAAGUGGUGGCUGUCUUUGCAGGCAUCUGACGGGACUAUCAAGGAUGUCACCCAGAAGAUGUUUAAGAUCAUAUCUCCUCCACCUGUGGAUGAGACGCCUCGGCAAAACCAGUGCCGGACAUGUGCAGUUGUUGGAAACUCUGGAAAUCUGUUGAAGUCCAAAUAUGGAGCCUUGAUAGAUUCCCAUUCAACUGUUUUUCGAAUGAAUAAAGCCAUAACUGUGGGUUACGAGGUAGAUGUUGGUAACAGGACCACGCACCACUUCAUGUACCCAGAGAGCGCAAUCGAUCUCGCCCCUGCUGUCCAUCUUGUCCUUCUUCCCUUCAAACUGCGAGACAUGCAGUGGUUGACCAGCGCCCUUUCCACGGGAGAGAUCAAAAUGACAUACAUGAGAGUGAAAAAUCGCGUAAAAGCUGAUAAAGACAAGGUGAUAGUUGUAAAUCCAGCCUUCUUUAAGUACACACAUGACAGAUGGACAGAGCGUCAUGGAAGAUAUCCAUCCACUGGGAUAGUAGCCAUUAUAUUUGCUCUGCACAUUUGUGAUGAGGUGUCAGUGUUUGGAUAUGGGGCGGACCAUCAAGGAAACUGGCACCACUAUUGGGAGGACAACAGAUACGCUGGUGCCUUUCGGAAGACAGGCGUCCACAAUGCAGAUUUCGAGACUGAGAUAAUCCAAAGGCUCAGCAAGGAGGGCAAAAUUAAACUGUACAGAUGAGCCUGUAAUUGUGGCCUUUAUUGACUAAGUAGUGCUUAAAGCCAGGACAUGCACAACUGUUGGAAACCAAAGAGAGGAAGAUCUGUGGUCCACCCUACCGUUAACUGACCACUAUGAACUGCACUGAACCAAACCCAUAGACAUCAAGCUGGAUCCUUAAAACCAAAUGAACUCCUCCUGUUCUCUAACAGCAUUUACUUGUCAUGUGCCUGAAGAAAAAACACAUUAUGGAGUGGAGCUAGAUGUUGCCUUCCACCCCAACUGGGCAUUGAACACUGAAGAAAGCAAAUAGUAAGCAGAUCGGCUUGAUCUGAGCAUCUUCAUAUCUUGUUUUGUUCAGUUGGUACUGACUUGCCUUACACCGUGUCUGCACUGUAAGAGGUGACAAAACUGGAUGGCUCCCAUUGUAAUCCACAAAGCUGACUACAUUGUAAGCCACUGAUGUUGAUAAUAUUGGGAGUGAUCUACUCGCUUGCGGUGUACAUAUGGUAUUAUAAAAAGCCAGUUUGCAGGGCAUUAAAGCCUUUAAGUCAACAUGAAGCAAAACCCACAAAACGAUUUACUUCCGUAAUUGUCCACUUUCAGAUGCUUUUUAAGUCAGCUUGAAACAAAAUUCCGUAAUGUGAGAAAAUUAGGAAGGGACUCAUGGGCGUCACUUUGUUUUAAAAAGUGGUGGGGACAUUUUUGGGGGGGGGGUGUUGUUGAAUCACAAAGUGACGAAACUCAUGAAUAUUAAUUAAGUUCAGAUAAUGUCAAAUAAUCUUUUACUGUUUUGAUAAAUAAUCAUUCUUGAUGACCAAAUCAAGCAUUCUAAUAAAUAUUUCACAUUAUUAAUUUGAUAAGUUGAUCUGCAACACUACUGUCAGUACUGGGAUUUUGUUCUGGGAGUACCAGGUUCUAAUCUGCCCUAAUAUAACUUUUAAAUUUAGUAUACUGCAUCUGUAUGUUGGUGGAUGUAUUAUGAGCGCCCUUACAAAAAUCGAGAGUUCAUGGCAAAUUUGAAUGUUACAUUUAUAUAUCGCUUUUCUAGACACUCUAAGUGCUUUUCAUAGUAUAGGGGGACUCUUCUCAACCACCAGUAUGCAGCAUCCACCUGGAUGAUGCGACGGCAGCCAUAGUGCGCCAGUAUGCACACCAGCUAUUGGUGGAGAGGAGAGGGUAGAGUGAUAGAGCCAGUUCAUGGAAGGGGAUUAUUAGGAGGCCAUGAUUGAUAAGGGCCCAUGGGGGGAAUUUGGCCAGGACACAGGGGUACACCCCUACUCUUUAUGAGAAGUGCUAUGGGAUUUUGCGGCUAGUUUGCCAGAACUAUAGAUUUUUUUGUAAGGGAGGGGACACAUCUGUUUGCAUUUUGCUUUGCGAUUUAACUGGAAAGGAGAGAGAGAUGCUCAGCGAAUAGAGCCUGCUGUCACUCAGCGCCACCGAUAACAGCCACAACGAGCACUCAUAAUAACAUAAAAAAUCAACUCUAGUGCUGGAUCGCCACUUGUAAUAACAAACACAAACGAAAUAGAGACUUCUUUUGCAUUAGACACUUACCUGACGAAAGCUAUUUCAAAAAGUGGUGGGGACAAAAUUGGCAAAGGCAAAAGUGGAAGGGUUAUGUCGCACCCGUCCCACCCGUAAAUGACGCCUAUGCCACAGGGUUUCAGUUUAUCUGUAGAUAAUAGAUUAGACCUGGAAAAGUGGGCGUUUCAUACCAAAAUUUAAAAUAAGUGGGCUUGGUAAUGUCAGCGGAAAAGGAAAUUAAUUUCAGGAAACCCGUUUUAAGACCAGAAACGUUCAGUAAGAAAGUAAAAAGGGUCAAUUUUGAUUUCAUGUUGACUUUCAAACUUAAACCUGCAGAGUGUGAAAGCCUUGAACUUUUGCUGUAGCUUCCAGUGAAAUCUUUCAAAGUAUCAAAUGAGCAAUGAAAAUGUUUUUAACAGAAAUCAGCAUUAUUAUUGAUUAUUUUAGAUAUCACACCUCGCCUCUUAUUUUAUCCAUGCUGUCAUUUAAAUCACUUAAUGCACCAAAAAAAAAAAAAAACACAUGCUGGAUAAUGUUUUUUUGUUUUAUUUACACAGUCUAGAUUUCACAUUUCAACACACAUUCUUCACUGUAGUGGAGAGUUUUCUAUGGGAGCAUUGGUAGUGUAUGUGAUAUGUGUUUAAUACCAAUAUGUACCUUUAGACCAAAGCUGUCCCUAGAGGCAUCUGGUCUUUGUGGCCUUGAAAUGACCCGUGACACUCGCACAACAUAUUUUGAAUAUAGCAAAUGCUGUAUUUUUAUACAUAUUUCAUUUAUUAGCAUUCGUUUCAUUCUUUGACCCUGAAUUAUGAUUGAUCUCUGUAUUUUUAUAGUGGAAAUUACUUGUGGUAAAUGUUCUGUGGUUUUUCCCUUUUCAAUCCAAGUGUGCAUUAUUGUAAACUUUUAUAAGGACUGUGAUAAGGCUUAAACUUGAACUGUAAUUUUUGAUGAUGUUUGUUGCCAUAGUGUUACAGUACAUGUGCAGAGCUGUGAUUUGUUCUGUCAUUUUAUGUCCUUGAAUGUAUUUUGGCUCCACAUUUAUUGCUUCAUGUCAAUCAAUGGCGUUCAUAGUGUUUUUAGGGAUUUCGCUAUGAAUACUAUGAAGAUAUCGUAACUAAAGUAUUAUCAAUUUGAAUUUGGACAAAACAUGACAUUAAUGGAAAAAAAAACUGACAAAAAAAACUGACACGGAGGUGUUUUAUUCCUCUGUUUAGAAACAGAACCAAAGCAUAAACAAUACAAAUAAAAUAAUUGCAUUUAAAAGUCACAGUUUAGAGUACUAGGACAUUAUUACAAAUAAAAAUAUGUAAUAUUUGUUGCAUAAAUAAAAAUACAGAAAAACUAUUUUUAAAGCUAUACUAUGUAACUUUUGGCCCUCUAGCGGUUAAAAUAAAACUGCAUGCAUCUUGCAGAAGAACAUUGCUUUAGUUAUGGUUCGGCUCUGCUCCUCUGCGCGGAUGAAUGUGGUUCGAGGCACCGGUGUACACAUAAAUACAGGAAAUCUUAUCAGAGCGAAUGGACAAGUAAAUAACGAAAGAAAGGAAAAGGCGGAUAUCCGAAAACAUGUCACCUGAGCAGGAAAGUGCCAUAUCUUAUGCUGUUGUUUUGACUUACUAGAAAAAUUGAUGUUUUGAAAUAAAUGACGUUACAAAAGUUAGGCAACAUUUGUUAACAUUAGACAUAACGAUUGAUAGUCUGAUAAGGUCAAACAUUGUAAUGUUUUUAUAACCAUGGUAGUAACUAAUUUAUAGAUUGCCAUUGUUACCAACCAGUGGUCAACAUCAUUUCAAGACUCACAUGUCCUUGGCAAGCCUAGGACUAAAAGAUUUAUUUAAAUUAUUAAAUUAUUGACGUUAUAAAGAAAAAUACACACGUGCUAGCAAGUGAAAAUUCUGCACCGAUUACAGUAUAAUUACUGUAUUUGCACAGACGUGUGUGUGAUUACACAACUAUACAUAAACCAUAUAAAUAAAAUAUCUUACCUGUUGAGUAAGAAAAAAGCCAUUUUAAAUCCUCUCAGAUCUCGGAGUUGUCGCCACAUCUAAAAAGCCAAGCCGAUGUUGAUUCGGGUUUUAUUACGGACUCUGUCGCUUUCUCUUUUUGCUUGUAGACUCUGCUCUGUUCGUGGUUUCUUUGUUUUUACAACCGAUGAUUCCCUGGAGGUUUGUCGUUUUGAAUGAUCCAUGGUUAGUUUUUAUUGUUUGUUGUGACAACAAACUUUCAGCUUUAGCUACUCCCACCCCAUACACGCGCUUCAGUAGCCGGAGCUUAUUUUCUCUGUGUACGGAUAUGACAUCAACACGUACGGGCGAAUGACGUAUGUAUGCAAUGUCCCGCGAAAUCCGUCCUGACAGCUCUAAAAUAUAAAUCAUUAUUAUAAGUUUAUCAAAGUGUAUUUGGGUAAAGUGAAGACAUGGUUUGGAAGAUGGAUUUUUGUAGCACUCUCUCAUUAAUAACAUUUUAUUUUUUAUCAAAAAAAGUUACAUAGUGUACUGUAGCUUUAAUGGAGAGACAAUUUAAUAUAUCUCAAUACUCUAAUUUCCAUUCAAGUUCAUCAAAUCUUUUCUUUUUGAAGGAAAAGCUGAAACAUUACAUAUUCAACUUUUAAUACAUUAAGGUAUAUACAUAUAUAUGGUACUCUAAUGCAAGUAGAAAAAUAGAACACCACUUAAAAUGGACGUAUUAUUUAAGAGUCCAGAAUAUUGAGCACUGACGUUCAACAAAAGCUGUGGCCAAAUUACUUUUUUAUUGUUUUGUUUACAUCACACAAACUCAAAAUGUGACCACAGAUUUCAUUUUCCCUGGGUUUCACAUGGUUUGAGAAACAUCUGCCACAACAAACUAGUAGUUCUCUAUUCUCUAAGCACUUUAAGGAAGGUAAAGUAUACAUGUUAAAAGACUGUCCAGCUGAAUGUGAUAUUUUUAUCCUGUUGUAAUGGGCAAAUUGUGUGGCUUCAUAGUAUGCAUGUCUUGUGAGAACCUGUGGUCUGUGUCUUCAAUAAACCACUUACUUCACCAUU